CACACUCUGCCACCAAACAGCACCAAAGUCGGUUGUCGUCGCGAAAAGUGCAAAAAGUGCGAAAAGUGCGAGUGCAUAUUUGCUGCGAACAGAACCGAGAACACAGUGACGUGACGAAAGUGGUCGAGUGACGAAGUGUGCGAGCGGGCUGCAUUUGUUUACGAUUGCCGAUGCCACUGGCCAAUCGGUAAGCGGUACGUUGUCGGGAAGGGGAAGGGAAACGGGGAGAGCGAGCUGCGCGGCAAGAAACGAAAGCAGAAGAAGCAGUUCACACGCAACGUGCAACAUUGUGUGCGUGUGUGUGUUUGUUUGUUUGUUUGUUUGUUUGUUUGAGUGACGAAAAUACAACAAGUGCAAGCAACUAUAGUGAGCGGCAGCAACAACAACAGCAUAGCAACUCCUUGCCGGAACGAGACAGCAACAACAACAGGACUGCGAUAGCGGAGAGAGAGAGAGGAAGAGAGAGCUGUUAUCGUUGUUGUUGCUUAACAAUGAUUAAUGGGGAAUCUGCCGCUACAACAACAAAUCAAGUAUGACGGAGGAAAUAACCGGCGAUUGGAGCUACUACGUGUAUAUAUCGCUGACGCUGGUUCCAGUCUAUUUGGCAUUUCGGCUCAUUAAGUCACUGGGCUGGCAGCUCUUCGUCAACAACUGAGCAAACAUCUGUGACCCGAAACUGAAGCUGAAGCUGGAGCUAUAUAUGUGGCUCAAACUGAAACUGAAGUUGCAGCCGUCAUCAGGGGAAUCCGUCGUCGUGGGAAAAGGAAUAGUCGAGCGGCCAAAGUCGUUGAGCGUGCUAUCAGUGUAUAUAUAUUUUGUAAGAAUGCAAUAAAUGGAAAGCCAGGACUAGAAGACGGCAGCACGAGAAGAGUGGUAUAAAGGGGAACCUGCAGCAGCUGCUAGGAUUGCCAGGACUGUCAGGACAGCAAGGACUGCCAGGAUCGUGUUGUGUUGUGCUGCGUUGUUGGCCAAGCCGCGUUGUUGUUGCUGCUUCUGGCUGGCCAAAAAGGAGCAAACAAAAGGCGAGGCGAUGCAAAGCAAUCAACGUCAUAAGCAGGAGCAGCAGCAGGACCAGAACCAGAACCAGCACCACAAACAGAAACAGGAACAGAGACCAGAACACAUACCGGAACAGGACCACCAAGACCGUGGACGGAGUUAUUGUGGUGGCACCGCCAAGCCGCCGCCGCAUCAGCAUCAGUAUCCUGCACUAUAGGCACAUCACCGCCGGCCCGUCCACCCACCACCACCACCACCAUCACAUCCUCCCGAUAUUCCUCCCUCCGCAUCCUUGGCAAACAAGUGGAGCUGGCAUCACAAGGAGCAACACGGCAACGGGGCACUAGGAACUGCUACAGCAAAAGCCAAAGCAAAACUCUCGCUUUGAGGACCUCAAGAAAACCAAUUUACAUAUUUAAGCUUUGGGCAAACGUAGAGCGGAGUAGCAACUAGACGCAAUCAAUAGGAGCUGGGAAAAAAAGCGUGGAGUGAGCGCCUUCGGGGAGAAGGCAACACAAGACACCAGAACAGAUCAGAUUAGACCAGGCCUGACUAGACCACAUCAUCGUCAUCGUCAUCCGCCGAAUCAAAGGCCAGUUAUCUGCGACACCCGCACCACCGCCAGAAUGCGACUGCCAUACCGAAAUAAGAAGGUCACCCUGUGGGUGCUCUUCGGCAUCAUCGUCAUCACCAUGUUCCUAUUCAAAUUCACCGAACUGCGGCCAACAUGCCUCUUCAAGGUGGACGCCACCAACGAGCUCUCCUCCCAAAUGGUUCGCGUUGAGAAAUACCUCACAGAUGACAAUCAACGCGUUUAUUCAUACAACCGUGAGAUGCCAUUAAUAUUCAUAGGCGGCGUGCCCAGAUCUGGGACGACUUUGAUGCGCGCCAUGCUGGAUGCCCAUCCCGAUGUGCGCUGCGGGCAGGAAACCCGCGUCAUUCCGCGCAUCCUGCAGCUGCGCUCGCACUGGCUGAAGUCCGAGAAGGAGUCGCUCCGCCUGCAGGAGGCCGGCAUCACCAAAGAGGUCAUGAACAGUGCCAUCGCGCAGUUCUGUCUGGAAAUCAUCGCCAAGCAUGGCGAGCCGGCGCCGCGUUUAUGCAACAAGGAUCCGCUGACGCUGAAAAUGGGCUCCUAUGUCAUCGAGCUAUUUCCGAACGCUAAAUUCCUAUUCAUGGUGCGCGACGGCCGAGCGACAGUUCAUUCGAUUAUAUCGCGCAAGGUGACAAUCACCGGCUUCGAUUUGAGCAGCUACAGGCAGUGCAUGCAGAAGUGGAACCACGCCAUCGAGGUGAUGCACGAGCAGUGCCGGGACAUCGGCAAGGAGCGCUGCAUGAUGGUGUACUAUGAGCAGCUGGUCCUGCAUCCUGAGGAAUGGAUGCGAAAGAUACUUAAAUUCCUGGACGUGCCAUGGAACGAUGCGGUGCUGCACCACGAGGAGUUCAUAAACAAGCCGAACGGAGUGCCGCUGUCCAAGGUGGAGCGUUCGUCGGACCAGGUUAUCAAACCGGUUAAUCUGGAGGCGAUGUCCAAAUGGGUUGGCCAAAUACCCGGCGACGUGGUGCGCGACAUGGCCGACAUAGCGCCCAUGCUGUCCGUGCUCGGCUACGAUCCGUACGCGAAUCCGCCGGACUAUGGUAAGCCAGAUGCAUGGGUGCAGGACAACACGUCGAAGUUAAAGGCCAAUCGAAUGCUGUGGGAGAGUAAGGCGAAACAAGUGUUGCAGAUGUCAUCCAGCGAGGAUGACAACACGAACACCGUCAUCAACAAUAGCAACAAUAAGGAUAACAACAAUAAUCAGUACACAAUCAAUAAAAUUAUACCAGAGCAACGCGGCAGACAGCGGCAACAUGUACAGCAGCAACAUCUGCAGCAGCAGCAGCAUUUGCAACAGCAGCAACAGCAGCAACAUGAGCGGCAGCAGCAGCAUCAACGGCAGCAGCAGCAUCAACGGGUGGAGGAGAGCGAGUCGGAAAGGGAAAGGGAAACGGAACCGGAUCGAAAACAACAAUUGUUGCAUCAAAAGCCAAAGGAUGUCAUUACGAUAAAGCAGCUGCCAUUAGCCGGCAGUAACAAUAACAACAUCAACAUCAACAAUAACAUCAACCACAACAACAUGGAGGACCCCAUGGCGGAUACAUGAUAUCCGCAUAUACCUAUAAGACUGCCGCGUGGCAAGCAUUGAACCUGGGUAACUCUCUUGGCUGCCGAUUAGGACAACGAUAAUGAUAACUGUUGCUGCUGCUGCUGCUGCAAGAAAUCAAUUUUAAAUUGUAUUAGCUUGAUAUGUGUAUAUGCAUAUGAUGUACUUAUAUUAAUGCUUUGUGAAGUUACCAAAAAUAGCAGAAAAGCAAGCAAUUAACAAACAAAAGAAAAGUAGUUACACUCUUAAGAUCGUUUCGUGACGAAAAAACUUAAAGUUGCAGGGAGAAAUGCCAAUUUAAAAGCCAACCUCGCUCUGCGCCCUUUAAUUCGUAGUAAUUUAAUUUAUGCCUUAAUAUCUCUUAACUGGAUUUACCUUAAUGCGGACUGGGCGUUGAAUUAUUAUAUUUAUUGUGCAAUGAAUUGCUACAUUUGGUCCAUUCAAAUGGUCACUAUAAUUACUAUUACCUUUAAUUACUAUUACCUUAAUUAAAAAUUUAAUGAAAAUUUGCAUUCAUAUUAUAUAAUUUAACUAGAACUUUUGAUUAAAUGCGAUUUUUGCAAUAAUUUAAAGGCAUCUGAAAUUUUAUAGUUUUUUCUUGAAUCGUACGGUUGGCAUUUACCCCUUCCCACGUCGUCUUACAAGUCACUGUAUGCAUAAAUAAUAAUAAAUGUGUAACAAAAAAAAUGAUAACCACCAAAAGAAGCUGAAGAAAGAACGAGAAAUUUUUGCAAUGAUGAAAAUGCAGGAAAUCCACUGCAUACUCUUACCGACCUCGUUUAUAAUAAAAAAAAACUUUAAUUUAGUUUAGAACUUUUUUAAGCCUUUUUUGUACGAAUGUUUUUUGAGAGACUUGUGUCGGUUUAUCAGCUAGAACCUUUUUUUUUCUAUCUGUAAUUGUGUACAUAAAAUAUAAAUAUCUGAAUUAUGUUACCCACUAAUCGAAUGAAUCUCUACCUGAAAUUCGUCUAUGGGCUCGCGAAAUCUUCAUAGGUUUUUAUAAGGAAUACAUAAUAUAAAUAUAACAAUAUACCACUAAGCACUGUUUAUAGUUUGCAAACGGUAGGUCAAAACAAAACGCAACCCAUUUAGAAGUGUUACAUUUUAAACGAAAAGAGCUUUUAAGAUGUUUAGUUUAAUAAAUGUAAUCGCAUAUAAAAUAUUUGCUGCUGAUGACAAACAAAAAAAGACGUGAACUAGUAUAGAUGUAUUACAAUUUUGUAAACUUUUUUUUUGUGUUGCAAUAAAUUGACUGAAUGUAAAGAAAUCCAAUUUAAUAAAACCAUAUAUAACUAUAUAUAAAUGCAUACCUUAAACUGAGUGUCUAAAUGUAUAUGAAAGUUGUAAUAGAUUUUAAAUGUAUAUGUGUGCGUGCAGUAAGAGAAGAAGAUCCGAAGUUAGCUAAGCUAAUUUAUUUGGUCUAGGAAAUUUACUUCAAACUCAAAUGGCUGACCAAGAACAGUAAAAGAACAAGGACAGCAACAUGAGGUCGGACUUACAUUCAAUGUUUUUUCUGUAAAAGGAAUGAUAACGGCUUUGGACAGACUGUACUUGUAUUCGAAGUUUGACAGUUAUUAAAGUCUGUACAUUUGUUAUUUGACAGAAUGAUACCUUUAAGGCAAACUGUAUUUCCAACUGUAAAUCUUUCCAUCUCCUUCAGUCAUUUGAAUUUGAAGGUGUUUUUUUUAUAGCCAUUUUUUUACGCAAAGAGGAUAUCGUUGCACACAGAUAGACACCCACACAGACACACGAGCCUUGUCCGUCCUAACUGCUCUGUGUGUGCGAAUAGGAUGGCUAUUUUAUGUACUUACUUGCCGUUAGCUUUUUGCUCAAAGAAAACUAUUAAUGUUCGUUUGUUAUAUUUAAUUUCAAGAAAUAAAAUGAGAAUUGCUGACAAUAAAUAAGGAAAUAUGAUUGCUUAGAGGAAAUUGUAGUUUAUUUGAUGGUGGCGAUGGAAAAUCCCGCUUGCUCUCUAAUAGCUAAGAGAAUUAAAGGAAAAGAAAGUCAAACGUAAUAUAAAGGCGAAAAGUUUAUAUAAAUGUGUUUUUUUGAGGACACAAUCAUAAAACUAUCCAGUUUUGUGAUUAAGCCCGUAUUCAAUGUGUGAACUAUAAUAAAAAAAAUAUAUAAAUGUGAAACGUAAACUAUUUUUGCUAGCUUUUAAGAUGCAUUUUUUUCUCAAAAUUACGCUUGUAUGUAUGUAAUAACUAUCUUAAUACACAUGUAUUAUAUAUUAUAUUGUACAUUUUUUUGUUGUGUGUGGAAUUGCUGCAGUUAGGACAGGAAUCCAGACACCAAUGUUGAGAAACUAACGAUCUACUUGCAGCUGACAGACAAUCAGAGUUUAAAGGAACUUAAAAUUACACUAUAUUGCAAGCCACCCCGUAUUCCCAAAAUGAUUAAACCAUUGACCUCUAAAUCCAUCAAACCAAACGUAUUUAGCCAAUUGUAAUCCACGAAAAUAGGUAACUGUACGCUGCAAAGAUCCAAAAUGAAAACGUAUUAAUUCUAAUUAAAACACAUUUUCUGUGCGCAGUUUGUAGCCUAAGAAAAUUGUACAAUAUUGUAUUGAUAACGACAUCCCGGCAAAAGAUUAACGAUGAAUCAAAAAUAUAUAUAUAAAUAUAUCUAUGAAAUUAUACUGUACAAGAAAAAAAUAAAUCAACUGAGGAAACAAUAAAAGUUAAACAUAAAUGUAAAAUCAUGCAA